AUAUUCCAGAAUUGCAGAUGCUAGUCGAGUUCGCGGGUGACCCCAACGGCCUAGACUUCCACCACCGGAUCCUUUGGUAUCGGGUCGACCGCUCUACCUGGAUCAUUUCAACCCCGGAUUACGAUGUGUAUGAGGAAGACUUCGAUGGAGUGACGGUGGUCCCUCUUAGCAGAAACUCUGAAUACCCCGGAGCAUAUGUUGGACAAAUGUACAUCCCUAGGAAUCAGGAGCUGAUGCGAUCCUAUCUGGAGAUGAAGCGGCAGGCUGACUCUCUGGCGGUUGUGAGAGGGUGCUCUGAUCGUCCUGGUGUUGCUUCCGGUGGAGAUGCUGCAGAGACAGGCCAUUGGCGGAUAGCAGAUGUGGACUCCAAGCGUUUUGGGGACAUCAUCCCGGCAUCAGACCUCGCUGACGUCACCAAGAAUGCGAUCUUAGAGCGCAAUGGGGCCAGAAAGCGGCUUCACUGUGUUGAUGGGUCUAUCUUCACCCUUGAGUAUGUUUUGGACUUUGACAAUUGGUCCAACGCCAAGAGGCCUGGUUUGCCUGGAGGUGAUGCAGGAGACCUUCGUUUACUUGGGUGCACCAGGCUGGCUUCAGGGAAGCGACAACUUUCCUUGAGCCAGGCGCUUGAGAGCAUGUCGGACUCGAAGUUCACAGACUGGCCCCACCGCGGGCCCAAGGCGGUGAAGGAUUUUUUGGAGAGCAUCCUUCAGAAUGGUGGGGACAUCAUGACGUACCACAGCUCGUUCAUGCGAAAGUCAGGUCUCUCUGAAAACAGUGCAGCAGCUCACGAGUACAAGAACCUCCUCACAGUGCUCCGGCUUGGAAUCAGCUAUGAUCAGGUAGACCCCACCAACUUGGCGUCGAUGGAGCAGGUAGUUCGUCGAACCCUGGAGAUCCAGACUGCGGUUCGGCGCAACCCCAAGCAUCCAACCUUUGAUGCCUUUGACUACAAUGUUCGCGGAAACGUUGAUGAGGUUGGUGGCGCCAGAGCAUCUCAGUAUGGAGAAUGGAUUGCUGAACAACAGAAGGCCGAAGCAAAAGCUCUGAAGAGCACUCGAGAGUGGAGGGAAGAGCAAGCUGCAGACCGAAGGAGGGCCAAUCGUGGUGCCGACAAGGAUGAUUCAGAUGAGGAUGAUUCAGUUGGUGGUGUCAAGAAGAAGAAGAAGAAAAAGGGCAAGGGCGCCAAUGGUGGUGGCGCCAACGCCGAUGUCUUCCCGCUCCCGGUCCCUUUGUGGUUAUCUAGGCCGACCCGUCUCCAGAGUGCCGUUCUCCAGAGACUGUCAUCCAGAGUGGUGGCUUCCGGCGCCUGCCCAAAAGGUUUGACACCGAAGUCUUGCUUUGAGGAUGUGAUCAAGUCAAAGGACAUGUACUCGCUUUCUCAAUGCAAUGUCGCACCCUUCAACAUCGACUUGCUGAAGGUCACAAAGACUGCAACGGUUCCCAAGCCAGCAACCCAACUGCUGCCUGAGGUGGAAGCCAGAUAUUUGGAGCAGCCAGAUGAGUUCCUGAUUCGCUCACCUGCGGAAAUAGACAGGUGGUGCCAACUCAAUCCCAACUUCCAACCUUACUGGGAUGAGACCUUGCGACGUGACAAGGCAGCCAGGUAUGACUUGUAUCGCAAGUUGGUCGCCAAGUCAUUGCUGGGAUUUCGCCGGAGGAUCAAGGCCAAGGUCGGCCUGUUCUUUGUUUGGAAGUCGGAGCGAAAAGGUAUUCGCAUGAUCGUGGAUGCAAGAAUGCCAAAUGGCUUUCAUCGACAGCCGCCCAAAACCAAGCUUGGUGGUGCAGCGGCCCUUGCAGAGCUUGACGCUUACUUUGAGGAGUCUGACAUGCCACAACUUACUGAGGGGUAUGGUGGGCCAGUGGAACUGCCUUGCUCUCUUUUUGGAUGCACUGGUGACGUCAGUGAUGCCUUUUACCAGUUCUCAGUUGAGUCUUUAGCUGACUGGUUCGGGCUGGAUGACCCAGUGACAGCAGCAGAGUUUGGUGUUUCAGAAGUUUGGGAUGAUGAACUUGGCCGGCUUGAUUCAGUUCACCCCACAGAGAAGCUGUUCCCUGUGUUCCUUGGGAUGCCCCAAGGCUGGGCUUGGGCUUUGCACUUUUGCAACACUGCAGUUGAGUAUGGCAUGUCUCGGGCAAUCCCCCCAACUCAGUUUGUGAAAGAGGGUAUGCCUCCUCCUGACCUACGACAAGGGCCGGUUGGCAGUGUUUAUGUUGACAACAUUGGGGCAUUUGGAGUGGUGGAGAAGGUCGUCGCGACUUCCUUCGAGAAAUCAGUCGAGUCUCUUGAGCGCGCUGGCUUUGUCCUUCAUGAGAUUGACAAGGCGUCGGUCGAAGUUGUCAAUGUUGGCAUCGUCCUGCAUAGAGACGAACUGAAGAUCAGACACACGAGGAAGAGGAGCUGGCGACUGUACUUAGCACUAAAGCAUGUGUUGCAAUUGCGGUGCAUCACUGCUGAAGCGCUGAGGGUGGUCGCAGGGCACAUAGUGCACUACUUUUCUUUGUGUAGACCUGGCUUGAGUACCUUGCACCACACCUACAAGUUCAUAUACAAGUGGCUUGACCAGAGGGCGCACGUGAUCCCUGGUUCAGUGAAGCGUGAGCUGCGUAGUGUUGUUGGACUUGUUUUUCAGGUGGAGAAGGAUCUGGCGGCCCCGUACGCCGACAAGGUUUACUGUGGUGAUUCCAGCUCUUAUGGUUUUUGCUUUCAGUGGAGCCCCUCGUCUGCGCAAGAGCAGCGAGACCUUUUUCGGUUUCAUGAGCGGUGGCGCUUUGUUGAGGUGGAAGAGGGCAUUGGCCUCGGGCUGGGAACUCACCACUCCUGGUCAGCUGAACUGGAUGUCCCUGACAUUGCGUAUGUCAAAUGGCUUCGAAAGCGCCUCGGGCUCCCAGCAGCUGACAGUGGAGCGCUUGAACCCGGCCAGCGGGGCACGAGCCGUGAGGGCAGACGCUUUCAGUCGGUUGACCUUGUUGGGCUUGUGACUGCGAAAGCUAGACUCCAGAAGGUCUCGGACACGCUGCCUGGAUUCCUGCGUCGAGCUAGGAUCCGAAAGGCCUCAACGCGGAAGGCCUAUGACGAUUCCUGGUCACAGUUUCUCAGUUAUUGCGUGUCUGUGAACCUUCUGACUGCUGCCACCAGCAAGUUUAUUUCUAUGUCUCAGCUGGACCAGUCACUUGAAGCGUUUGGAGAAUCCUUGUUUCUGGCAGGCAGUUCGAAGUAUCUCCUGACGUGUGCCUUGCAGAACUGCAACAUCCAAUAUCCUCAGUGGCCCACUUCUGCCAGGUCCAACUAUCCUCUGACUAAAGCUGCCAAGAAAGGAUGGGGGAACUUGGAGCCGGGUGCUUCACGUGACCCUUGUCCCUAUGAGGUAGCAUGCUGGAUUGCAUACUACAUGGUGACCCAAGGCUUGGUUUUUCAUGCUGCUGCAGUUAUGCUGAGCUUUGACACCUAUGUUCGACUUGGAAAGAUUUGUGGGUUGAAACACAGCAACAUCAUUCCUCCCAGCCGGGGUGUCAACAAACGUUACCAGCAAUGGACCCUACUCUUGAAUCCUCAUGAGAUGAUGGAGCCCUCCAAAACUGGUCAAUUCAACGAUAGCUUGAUGGUUGGGAUGAAAGGUCGUGAAUGGGUGGGAACUCUUCUUGGCAAGCUGUAUACCAAGCAUGCUGGAACGACGGAUGGUCCCAUUUUCCCAUUCUCGCUCAACAACCUUGAAGGGGAAUUUCGGAAUGCUGUUCGCUCUCUCAAGAUCACCAAGCUGAAGUUAAGUCCUCAUUGCCUGCGGCAUGGAGGAGCCUCCCAUGACUACUUUGUUGGUAAUUCCACUCUGCCUGACAUUCAGCAGCGUGGUUGCUGGGCAACUUUUGAUUCAGUGCGACGCUACUCAAAGCAUGGCCGUGUUUCUAAACAGCUGUCUCUUUUGAGUCCUUCGCAGCAGCAGGCCGCUAAGCAAGCUUGUGCUGAACUGCCCCACUUGCUCCUGCGACAGUUCUAA